AUGCUUGAGCAUAUGCAGUAUUUGGCUUCCAAGAAUAAGAUUUUCAAGUCUUUUAUUGGGAUGGGGUAUUAUAACACUUAUGUCCCUCCUGUGAUUUUGAGGAACAUAAUGGAAAACCCAGCUUGGUAUACCCAGUACACUCCUUACCAGGCUGAGAUUUCCCAAGGGAGGCUUGAAUCUUUGCUCAAUUUCCAGACCCUGAUCACUGACCUCACUGGCCUUCCCAUGUCAAAUGCUUCAUUGCUUGAUGAAGGAACCGCCGCUGCCGAGGCAAUGGCGAUGUGUAACAACAUUCAAAAAGGGAAGAAGAAGACCUUUACUAGAGCAGAUGGUUUUGAUCUUAAAGUUUUGACUGCGGAUCUUAAGGAUAUUGAUUACAAAUCGGGUGAUGUUUGCGGUGUUCUUGUUCAGUAUCCGGGGACUGAGGGUGAGGUUUUGGAUUAUGGGGAGUUUAUUAAGAAUGCUCAUGCUAAUGGGGUUAAGGUUGUGAUGGCAACUGAUCUCUUAGCAUUGACACUGUUGAAGCCUCCUGGUGAAUUUGGGGCAGAUAUCGUUGUUGGCUCUGCACAGAGGUUUGGUGUUCCAAUGGGUUAUGGAGGUCCUCAUGCAGCAUUCCUGGCCACCUCCCAAGAGUACAAGAGGAUGAUGCCGGGAAGAAUUAUUGGUGUUAGUGUUGAUUCUUCAGGGAAGCCUGCGCUGCGUAUGGCGAUGCAGACAAGGGAGCAACAUAUCAGGAGGGACAAGGCUACCAGCAACAUUUGCACUGCUCAGGCACUACUUGCAAACAUGGCUGCCAUGUAUGCUGUUUAUCAUGGACCUGAAGGCCUUAAAACCAUAUCCCAAAGGGUUCAUGGUCUUGCUGGGGCAUUUGCAGUUGGAUUGAAGAAACUUGGGACAGUGGAAGUUCAGGGCCUUCCCUUCUUUGACACUGUGAAGGUUAAGACUUCUGAUGCACAUGCCAUUGCUGAUGCUGCAAUCAAGCAUGGAAUAAAUUUGCGAGUAGUAGACACGAACACUAUUACUGCUUCAUUCGAUGAAACAACUACCUUGGAGGAUGUUGAUAAGCUUUUCAAAGUUUUUGCUUUGGGCAAGCCUGUUCCUUUCACUGCUGCAUCUCUUGCACCAGAAGUUCAGCCUGCAAUUCCUUCUGGGCUAACUAGGGAGAGCCCAUAUCUUACCCAUCCAAUCUUCAACUCGUAUCAUACGGAGCACGAGUUGCUCAGAUACAUUCAUAAGUUGCAAUCAAAGGAUCUCUCGCUAUGCCACAGUAUGAUUCCAUUGGGAUCUUGCACAAUGAAAUUGAACGCAACAACUGAAAUGAUGCCAGUGACAUGGCCUAGUUUUACUGACAUUCACCCAUUCGCCCCUGCAGAACAGGCUGCGGGUUAUCAGGAAAUGUUCGAAGAUUUGGGUGACCUAUUGUGUACCCUCACUGGGUUUGACUCUUUUUCGUUGCAACCUAAUGCUGGAGCUGCUGGAGAGUAUGCUGGGCUGAUGGUUAUUCGGGCAUAUCAUUUUGCAAGAGGGGAUCACCACCGCAAUGUGUGCAUUAUACCUGUUUCGGCACACGGUACCAAUCCUGCUAGUGCUGCAAUGUGUGGAAUGAAAAUUGUCCCUGUUGGAACUGAUGCGAAGGGAAACAUCAACAUUGAAGAGCUGAGGAAGGCUGCUGAAGCAAACAAGGAUAACCUAUCAGCUCUUAUGGUGACAUAUCCGUCAACUCAUGGAGUGUAUGAAGAAGGUAUCGAUGAGAUAUGUAAGAUAAUCCAUGAUAAUGGAGGUCAAGUAUACAUGGAUGGGGCUAACAUGAAUGCACAGGUUGGUCUGACAAGCCCAGGUUGGAUUGGAGCUGAUGUUUGCCAUCUCAAUCUCCACAAAACAUUUUGCAUUCCACAUGGAGGUGGUGGUCCUGGCAUGGGUCCAAUUGGUGUGAAGAAACACUUGGCGCCAUUCUUGCCGUCUCAUCCUGUGGUUCCUACCGGUGGCUUACCUGCUCCAGACAAGUCUCAGCCACUUGGUACCAUCUCUGCAGCACCUUGGGGUUCUGCACUUAUUUUGCCCAUAUCUUAUACUUACAUAGCCAUGAUGGGGUCCAAGGGGCUCACCGAUGCAUCAAAGAUAGCAAUUCUAAACGCAAACUACAUGGCCAAACGCUUGGAGGAUUAUUACCCCAUUCUAUUCCGUGGUGUCAAUGGAACUGUUGCCCACGAAUUCAUUGUUGACUUGAGAGGCUUUAAGCAUACUGCUGGGAUAGAGCCUGAAGAUAUCGCUAAGCGUCUUAUGGACUACGGAUUCCAUGGACCAACAAUGUCAUGGCCAGUUCCUGGUACUCUCAUGAUCGAACCAACAGAAAGUGAAAGCAAGGCUGAGUUAGACAGGUUUUGCGAUGCUCUUAUUUCCAUUAGAGAAGAGAUUGCUGAGAUUGAGAAAGGAAAAGCUGAUCUCCACAACAAUGUCCUCAAGGGAGCUCCUCACCCACCAUCUCUGCUUAUGGGAGAUACAUGGACUAAGCCAUAUUCCCGGGAAUACGCAGCCUUCCCCGCUUCGUGGCUCCGUUCAGCAAAGUUCUGGCCUACUACAGGACGUGUUGACAAUGUGUAUGGUGAUCGCAACCUCAUCUGCACCCUUCAACCGGCAUCACAGGCUGUGGAAGAACAAGCGGCAGCCACUGCUUAG